AUGCAGCCUCCAUUUCCCUCCCCCACGGCCACUUGGCAUAACGAGUCGUAUGCUGCUAUCGACCCAUCAAACUCAAACCUUAGCCAAGCAGGAAAAACAGUGAUUAUCACGGGGGCCGGUAGCGGCAUCGGUCGCGCCACAGCUCUCGCUUUUGCGAAAGCAGGCGCUGCGCGCUUGAUUCUGACUGGCCGCACGGAAUCAACCCUUCAAGAGACUGAAAAGCUGCUUGCAGAGAGCAAGUCAGAAUGCAGAGUCUUCGCAGUCUCAGCGACUGACGAAAGUGCGAUGCAUGACGUUGCUAAACAGGUCGGCGCUUGGGAUGUCCUCGUUCUUGCUGCAGCCCACAUCUCCUCGCCGUCCAAGAUUGUCGAGACAUCUCUGCAAGACUGGUGGGCGGACUAUGAGACAAAUGUCAAGUCCAUCAUCAUUGCUUCACAGGCUUUCAUCCCAAGUGCAAAGCCUGGUGCUGCGUUGUAUACGCUCGCUGCUGGCGCUGCCGCCCUGCCGCCAGCGUACACACCUGGAUUAUCGGGAUAUCUUGUAUCAAAGACCGCGCAGACAAAGAUCAUCGAGUUCCUUGCCGCCGAGAACCCAGAUUUGUUCGCAUGUGCCGUACAUCCUGGAAUGGUGGAUACAGGUAUCUUCCGAGGCUCUGGCGCGGAUCCGUCACAGCUGCCUAUGGACUCUGUGGAACUAAGCGCGAACUUUCUCGUUUGGCUGUCGCAACCAAAAACCAAGUUUCUGAGCGGGAAGAUGGUUUGGGCGAACUGGGAUGUGGAGGAGCUGGAAGCGCGCCAGGACGAGAUCAAGGAGAGUCCGAUGAUGACGGUUGGGUGUCAGGGCUGGCCAUACAGUCCUGCGGCUGCGUAG